AGGCACAUGGUAGGAGAUAAUGUUCAUACAUAAUUUGCAGAGCCAUUGGUUCACACAAGACAAAUAUACAAUGAUUUCCUCAACCUCUCCAUUUUUUAUCUCUCUCAUAAUUCUGUUACUCAUUGCCAAUACCAGUACUCAAUCCCUUGAUCGUCAGCAACCUUUUCUACGUGUGGCAUGUUCUUACAACAAGGGCAACUACACCAACAAUAGUGUCUACCAGACCAACCUCAAUCGUCUUCUGCCUUCUCUCCUCCUCAGCAAUGUCAACAGCAACGGCUAUGGCUUCUACAGUUACUGUUACGGUGAAAACUCCGACCAAGUUAACGCAAUCGGACUUUGUAGAGGAGAUCUUAUAGCCGAUGCUUGCAGUGCUUGCCUUGGUAACUCUACUAAUAUUCUCACACAGACUUGCCCUAAUCAGAUGGAGGCAACUAUAUGGAACGAAAACUGCAUGUUGCGCUACUCAAACCGCACUUUAUAUGGAAUCCUUGAAGUUCUUCCUGCUUUUUAUCAAUCGAAUUCAGAAAACGUUUCGUCAUCAUCGUCAGUGGUUGAUGAGUUCAACCAACAUCUCAUGACACUGUUGGAAAGUCUAAGAAGUGAAGUUUCGGGAGGUGGUUCGCUUAGGAAGUAUGCAGUAGGAAACAAAAGCGUAACAGAUUCUAAUCGGACGAUGUUUGGCCUUGCGCAGUGCACUCCAGAUUUGUCCACCUUGGACUGCAACCAUUGCUUAAACAGUGGUUUGGAGGUUAUUAAUAACAGUUUUUAUGGCAAGGAUUCUGUGAGGUUUGUUAAACCUAGCUGUAAUCUAAGGUAUGAGGCUUACCUCUUCUUUGAUCCGGCGAUCGGAUCAUCAGGAACACUGGCACCAGCCCCAACUUCUCCACCAUCAGGAAAGAAGAGUACUCAUACACCUUGGGUUAUCAUUAUACCUUUUGUGGCGACUGCUGAAGUUUCGGUACUAGUUAUAUCCAUCUGCAUGUGUCUGAGAGCGAAGAAGAGAAAGAACAGGCUUACUGAAGAAGAAAUUACAAAUGCAGAUCAAAUUACUAGUGCAGAAGCCUUGCAAUUCGACUUUGACUCCAUUAGAGUUGCCACAAAUAACUUUUCCGAGGCAAAUAAGCUUGGACGAGGUGGAUUAGGUGCCGUUUACAAGGGUAAGCUUGCGAGUGAUGAAGAUAUAGCAGUGAAAAGGCUUUCUAGAGAUUCUGCACAAGGAGACUUGGAAUUUAAAAACGAGGUCUCGUUAGUGGCAAAGCUUCAACAUCGGAAUUUGGUUAGGCUCUUAGGUUUUUGCCUGGAAGGAAAUGAAAGGCUUCUUGUCUAUGAGUUUGUCCCUAAUGGAAGCCUUGAUCAAUUCAUAUUUGAUCCAGUCAAGCGCGCAGACUUGAACUACAAAAUUAUAGUAGGCAUUGGACGAGGACUUCUUUACCUUCACGAAGAUUCUCGUCUCAGGAUUAUUCACCAUGAUCUAAAAGCUAGCAACGUAUUGCUAGAUGCAGAAAUGAACCCCAAAAUUGCUGAUUUUGGGUUGGCAAGGUUGUUUGUGCUUGACCAAGUACAAGGCGAAACCAAUCGAAUUGUGGGAACCUAUGGAUAUAUGGCUCCAGAAUAUGUAAUGCGUGGACAAUUUUCAGUUAGAUCCGAUGUCUAUAGCUUUGGUGUGUUAGUUUUGGAGAUAGUACCUGGCCAGAAAAAUAGUUAUUUCCACCAUGAAGGCAAUAUGGAGGAUCUUCUAAGCUAUGUACGGAAAAACUGGCGAGAAGAGACAACUUCGAAUAUAAUAGACCCUACAUGGAUUGCUGGUUCAAGAGGUGAAAUAUUGAGAUGCAUCCAUAUAGGAUUAUUAUGUGUGCAACAAAAUGUAGCUGAUAGGCCGACAAUGGCUUCCGUUAUUCUUAUGCUUACUAGCAACUCUCUUUCUCUUCCGGAACCCUCACAGCCAGCAUUUUUUAUGGUUCGAUCAGACAUGAUGGCAGUUGAAGGGUUAGAUCAAUAUCGAAGCAGCUUUAUCCAACAAUCAGUAAAUGAGGUUUCAAUUACGGAACUAUCUCCUCGCUAGAGCUUGUUGAUGGGCACUCCAUUGUGAGAUGUUUGCAGUGUAAUUUUGCACCACUUUGAUCCAUUUUAUUUUAAAGGAUGUAA